AUGGUUAAUAAUGUAGAGUCAGAAAAAACAGCCCUCCACGCUCCCCGCCGGCCCACCCAGCCCUCCCGGAGAGCAGCUGAACGACCCCGGCAGACACACGGCACAACCAUUUCGGGGCCAACGGCCUUCGGUGUCACAGGCCAGGCCCGUGCAGAGGCGGAGCAGCGGUACCCGCCGGCCCUGGGCCCGCCCCCGAGCCGUUACCAGAAGUUCACCGUGGAAGGAAACCUGAGCUACAACAAGUUGACAGAGAUUGAUCCUUCUCCCUUUGCAGAGCUGUUGAACCUGCAGGAAAUGCAAUUGAACAACAACGAGCUGACUGCCAUUCCCUCCCUGGGACCUGCUGCUUCCAGUGUCCGCUUCCUCUACCUGCAUCACAACAGGAUUCGUAGCAUUGAAGCAAGUCAACUGAAGCCCUACGUUACCCUGGAAACCUUGGACCUGAGUUUCAAUGACAUCACGGAAAUCCGAAACGGCUGCUUUCCACAGGGACUUCACAUAAAGGAGCUCUACCUGGGGAGCAACAGAAUCAGCACCCUGGAGCCUGGUGCUUUUGAUAGUCUGUCACGGUCCCUGCUAACACUUCGUCUGAGUAAAAACAGGAUCACUCAGCUUCCUGUCAAGGCGUUCAGGCUACCCAGGCUAACACAACUGGAGCUGAACCGGAAUCGCAUCCGCCUGAUUGAAGGCCUGACAUUCCAGGGGUUGGACAGCUUGGAAGUCCUGAAACUCCAGCGCAACAACAUCAGCAAAUUGACAGAUGGGGCCUUCUGGGGUCUAGCCAAGAUGCAAGUUCUCCACCUGGAGUAUAACAGCCUGACAGAAGUCAACAGUGGUUCUCUCUAUGGUCUUUCAUCUCUGCACCAGCUUCACCUCAGUAACAAUUCCAUAUCCCGCAUCAACCCUGAUGGCUGGAGCUUCUGUCAGAAGCUGCAUGAGCUAAUCCUCUCUUACAACAACCUAACCAGGCUGGAUGAGGGAAGCUUGGCAGACCUUGGGGGAUUGCAUGUACUCCGACUGAGCCACAAUUCCAUCAGUCAUAUUGCAGAAGGUGCCUUCAAGGGACUGAAAAACCUACGUGUCCUGGAACUGGACCACAACGACAUCUCAGGCAUGAUAGAAGAUACCAACGGAGCCUUUACAGGCCUAGAAAACCUGAGCAAGCUAACUCUGUUUGGAAACAAGAUCAAGUCAGUGGCCAAGAAAGCGUUCUCAGGGUUGGAGGCCCUGGAGCACCUGAACCUUGGGGAUAACGCCAUCCGCUCCAUUCAGGCAGAUGCUUUUGCCAAGAUGAAGAGCCUGCGGCAGCUCCACAUAAACAGUGACAGCUUCCUCUGCGAUUGCCAGCUGAAAUGGUUGCCCCAGUGGUUAGUUGAGAAAGAGCUGCAAUCCUUUGUGGAGGCCACCUGCGCCCAUCCUGAGUCACUGAAAAGCAAGAGCAUUUUUGCCAUCCUGCCAGAAAGUUUUGUGUGUGAUGAUUUCCUCAAGCCACAGAUUAUCAUCCAGCCUGAGACAACAGUGGCUGUCCUUGGGAAAGACAUCCGUUUCACUUGCUCAGCUGCCAGCAGCAGCAGCUCCCCCAUGAUGUUUGCAUGGAAGAAAGACAACGAGAUGCUGCACAAUGCUGAGAUCGAGAACUUUGCCCACGUGCGGGCGAAGGGUGGGGAGGUAAUGGAGUACACCACCAUCCUGCACCUCCGGCACGUCACCUUCACCCACGAAGGGCGUUACCAGUGCAUCAUCACCAACCACUUUGGCUCUACCUACUCCAACAAGGCCCGACUCACUGUUAAUGUGUUGCCCUCGUUUCUCAAAACUCCCCACGACAUCACCAGCCGGACAGGGACAACGGCACGGCUGGAGUGUGCAGCUGAAGGACACCCCACCCCACAGAUUGCCUGGCAGAAGGACGGGGGCACAGACUUCCCCGCAGCCCGGGAGCGCCGCAUGCACGUCAUGCCCGACGACGACGUCUUCUUCAUUACAGACGUGAAGAUUGAAGACAUGGGUGUCUACAGCUGCACAGCACAGAACUCUGCGGGGUCUGUGCUUGCAAAUGCCACCCUGACUGUGCUGGAGACCCCAUCUUUGAUUCACCCACUGGAAGACCAUGUAGUGUCUGUAGGUGAGACUGUGGCUCUUCAGUGCAAAGCCACAGGGAGCCCACCUCCCCGCAUCACCUGGCUGAAAGGUGACCAACCCCUGGUCAUGACAGAAAGGCAUCACUUCACCUCUGGCAACCAGCUUCUGAUCAUCAGGAACGUUGUUUUGGAAGAUGCUGGGAAAUACACCUGUGAAAUGUCCAACACCCUGGGGACAGAGCGUGCACACAGCCAAGUGAGCAUCUUGCAGUCUCUUGGCUGUAGGAAGGACCGUACCACUGUGGGGAUCAUCACCAUUGCUGUGGUGUGCAGCAUUGUGCUGACCUCUCUGGUCUGGGUCUGCAUCAUCUACCAAACCAGGAAGAAGAGUGAAGAAUACAGUGUCACCAACACAGAUGAGACUAUUGUGCCUCCUGAUGUGCCAAGCUACUUGUCCUCACAAGGGACCCUUUCCGAGCGGCAGGAAGCGGCUGUCAGACCGGAGCCCCCGCAGCCCAACGGGCACAUAGACACCAACGAUGGUUGUAAUCUUUAGCCACAUGGUUUGUUUGUUGCAGGUAUGUGUCAGACUGAUGCUGGAAGGUGUCCAGAUGUUGAAGCUCCCACUGUAGGUUGUAGACAGCCAAAGUUGUGUAUCAGCUAUAAUAAAGACACAUGGAAAACCGAAGACAUGGCUGAUGGAAUGCUUGUUCCAGAUAAGACAGGCUAUGGGCUGCCAGUCGUGUGCACGGACUGCAGUGGCAGCACAGACAGCAUGAAUGUUCAUAUUUUCCCCAAGGACUCAGAGUUCUACUCUGAGAGCCUUAAGACUAUGGAUAAUACCUACCCAAGUGCACUGAGCAGCAAGGAACACCCCAGGAAGAGGGGUGCAGGCACCAGCCCUCUUUACCCUCAGCCCUGCAACGGGAUUGCCAGUGGCAAGAGGAUGGAAACUGACGGGACCCUCUACCCCAGCAACCACGACAGAAUAGGACCUGUGAGCACCACCAGCCCGCUGCUUGCAGACCAACAUGGGCCUUCACAAGCAGUAACAAAGCCUUCAGAGCUUAACAACCUUAAUUUGGUGAGAGCUUCACCGGCAGGAGGGUCAUUAAAGCAACUGAACGUGCUUCCUGAAAUUUCCCCAAAACUACUGGAUUUGCAGAGUGAAGCAGAAGUGAAACAGGCCCUUCUGUCCAACGGCCACACACCCCAGCUCUGUGACUCCCUUCCUGAGGUGAAGCCACCCAACAGAUCGCUGGACUGA